AAAUAAUAAAAUUCUCUAAUUAUUUUCUAAGAAACAGAAUUCUGUUAGGGUGCCAGUGCCACCACGGUCGGUUUUCUCGCCAUCACACGGAGCUUUCACUUGCAAUGUGAUCACUCAGCCGAACUUCACCCUUGAUCUCUAUGGCCGCCGCCGGCGGAUCCUCCAAGUCUACAGCUCAGAAAGCUCCUACAAGCCCCAAAUCCACCACAAAAUUCAAACCCAGAAGAUCCAAAAAUCAAAACAAGCACUUGACUAAACAACUCAUUUCUCUGCUCACCUCAGCUACCUCCGCUGCCCACUCUUUCCUCAACCAAAAUGACCUCCUUCUGCUCCCUUCCCAAUCUCUCACCCUCGAAUAUCUCCUUUCUUCGAUCCCUUUCUCUUCCCCUCCGAUUUCUCUUCCUUCUGAAUCCUUCUUUUAUCGCUUCCUUUCUUCCGCCUCGGAUUUCGACCCCCGCUGGUGUCAAAUUUUUCGCAUGUCCAAGCAGACCUUCUCAAAUCUUCUCGCUGUUCUCUCACCAUCUCUCCUUUCUUUUCUUCCCCCCUCCAUUCCCCCCGAUUCUGCCAUUGCUGCCACCCUCUUCCGACUCUCCCACGGCGCAUCUUACGAAUCAGUAGCGCGUAGAUUUGGACUUGAUUCACCUGCCGCCGCGUGCCUCGCGUUUUACUCUGUUUGUAAAACAGUGAACGAGAAAUUGGGGGACUUGGUGAAUUUCGGAAGGGAUUUGGAGCGCAUAGUGGUCGGAUUUGAAUGGAUUUCACUCCCUAAUUGUUGUGGGGUUUUGGGGUUUGGGAAAUUUGGUGUUGAUAGUGAAGUGCUUGGGAAAAAUGGGUCCCUGUUAGUUCAGGCGUUGGUGGAUUCUGAGGGGAGAUUCUUGGAUGUCUCUGCUGGGUGGCCUUGUACAAUGAAGCCGGAGUCCAUCUUCAGCCAAACAAAGCUGUAUUCGCGUGUGGAAGGAUCAAAUGAGUUACUGAACGGUCCUUGUUAUCAGCUCAGUGAAAGCAGUUCAAUUCCCCAAUACAUAUUGGGCGAUUCAUGUUUCCCUUUGUUGCCAUGGCUGUUAACUCCUUUUAUUAGAUCGAAUGAGGAGGACAGUUUCGGUUCAGCAGAAAGGGAGUUCAAUGCAGCUCAUAACAGAGCAAUGGGAUUGGUUGGGAAUGCGUUUGGGAGGGUUAAAGCUAGGUGGCAGCUGUUGGGGAGGAGAUGGAAAGAGGAUUGCGUUGAAUUUUUCCCAUUUGUGAUAGUAAUGGGUUGUUUGCUGCAUAAUUUUCUAAUAAAGUAUAGCGAGCCAUUGCCAGAGGAGAGCGUCGGACGUAUUCUACGGGAGGAGGAACUGCCAAUUUUUGAAGGAGAGGCAGAUGAGAGAGGGGAGAGGAACAGGUAUGCGCUUGCUAAGUACUUGAGUAGGGUGAGCAUGAGAAGGUAAAUAAUGAAUGUAAAUAAUGCUAGUAACUAUGCUGGUCUUAGUUCUUAGUUGGUGGUAGUUGCAGCAUUAGUAGUAGUGGGAGUAAGUUUGCUUUGUUUUCUUUUGUGUAAAUAAAAGGCAGUUGCAACAUCGUUCUGAUGUUGUGGGUUGUGUCCUUUUGAGAGAGAUCUUCUCACUUUAGCAUAGAAAGGUUAGUUGUUUGAAUCGAAACUAUACUGCUAGAUUUUAAACGGUGGGUUUUCUUCUGGUUUUUUAGUUCAGAAUAGGAAAAGGGCAGACUCAAACCACAAACAAGUACUUGUAUAAGAUAUGAUUUGGACCCUGAAUUGUUGUCCAUGUCUGAUUAAGUUUGAUAGUGAAGUGCUAGAGGAAAAUGUGUCCUUGUCAGUUCAGGGUUGGUGGAUUCUGAGGGGAGAUUCUUGGAUAUCUCUGUUGGGUGGUCUUGUACAAUGAAGCAGGAAUCCAUCUUCAGCCAAACAAAGCAAUUCGCAAAUCAAAGGCGUUACCAAAUGGACCUUGUUAUCAGCUUAGUGAAAACAAUUUAAUUCCUCAAUACAUACUGAGGGAUUUGUGUUUCCCUUUGUUGCCUUGUGCUAUUAACUUCUUUUAUUAGGUCCAAUAAGGAUCAGCUCAAAGGGAGUUCAACGCAGCUCAUAGCAGAGCAAUUGGAUUGGUUGGGAAUGUGUUUGGGAGAGUUAAAACUCGGUGGCAGCUGUUGGGGAGGCAGUGGAAAGAGGAUUCCGUUGAAUUUUCCUCAUUUGUGAUAGUAAUCGGUUGUUUGCUGCAUAAUUUUCUAAUAAAGUAUAGGGAGCCAUUGCCAGAGGAGAGCCUCCUGAAUUCUAUGGGAGGCGGAACUGCCAAUUUCGAAGGUGAGGCAGAUAAAGAGGGGAGAGGAACAGAUAUGCGCUUGCUAACCCUUGAGUAGGGUGAGUGUGAGAAGGUAAAUAAUGCUACUACCUAUGCUGGUCUUAGUUCUUAGUACUUAGUGGUAGAACUGAGUUUGCUUUGCUUUUGUAUAAAUAAAAGAUAGUUGUUUGCUUGUUGCGUGGAUUAGCAA